AUGGCUUCUAAGAAAAAAGAUGGUGGGAGUACUAAGGAUUCUAACCAAUCUGUGAAAUUUGCUAGAAGAACUUCAAGUGGGCGAUAUAUCAGUCUGUCGAGAGAAGAUCUUGAUAUGUCUGGUGAGAUGUCAGGAGAUUACACGAAUUAUACCGUCCACAUUCCUCCAACUCCUGACAACCAACCCAUGGAUUCCUCUGUGGCUGUUAAGGCUGAAGAGCAAUAUGUAUCUAAUUCUCUGUUUACGGGUGGAUUCAAUAGUGUUACACGUGCCCAUCUUAUGGACAAGGUGAUUGAGUCCGAGGUCACUCAUCCUCAGAUGGCCGGAGCAAAAGGUUCUUCCUGUUCCAUGCCUGCUUGUGAUGGCAAGGCCAUGAAGGAUGAGAGAGGAAAUGAUAUUAUUCCUUGUGCCUGCAGGUUCAAAAUAUGCAGAGAUUGUUACCUGGAUGCUCAAAAGGAAAAUGGGCUGUGUCCAGGUUGCAAGGAGCCUUAUAAAGUUGGCGACUAUGACGAUGAUGUUCCGGAUUUUUCAAAUGGAGCACUGCCAUUGCCAGCUCCAAAAGGGAAUAACAUGACCAUGACGAAGAGGAACCAAAAUGGAGAAUUUGAUCACAAUAGAUGGUUGUUCGAGACAAAUGGUACUUACGGAUAUGGUAAUGCAUUUUGGCCUCAAGACAAUAUGUACGGUGAUGGAGAAGACGACAGGUUCAGGGGUGGUAUUCCAGACAAUUCUGAUAAGCCAUGGAAGCCCCUUAGUAGGGUAUUGCCAGUCCCUCCAGCUAUCCUCAGCCCCUACAGGCUGUUAAUUUUUAUUCGUGGAGUGGUGUUGACAUUUUUCUUGCACUGGAGACUAACACAUCCAAAUCCUGAUGCAAUAUGGUUGUGGGCAAUGUCAAUUACUUGCGAGAUAUGGUUUGCUUUCUCUUGGAUUCUCGAUCAAAUUCCCAAGCUCAACCCGAUCAAUCGCUCCACAGACCUGGAUGCCCUCCGUGACAAGUUUGAUAUGCCUUCGCCUUCCAAUCCUAGUGGUCGCUCUGAUCUUCCAGGUGUUGAUGUGUUUGUAUCUACUGCUGAUCCUGAAAAAGAGCCACCCCUUGUCACUGCCAAUACUAUUCUUUCAAUUCUUGCCGUUGAUUACCCUGUAGAGAAGCUUGCAUGUUACGUUUCUGAUGAUGGAGGUGCCCUUCUUAGUUUCGAGGCCAUGGCUGAGGCUGCAAGCUUCGCUGAUUUAUGGGUUCCAUUUUGUCGAAAACAUAACAUUGAGCCAAGGAAUCCUGAUACCUACUUCUCAUUGAAAGUUGACCCUACAAAGAACAAAAGUAGGCCUGAUUUUGUCAAGGAUAGAAGGAAAAUAAAGAGAGAGUACGAUGAGUUCAAAGUGAGGAUUAAUGGGCUACCAGACUCAAUCAGGAGAAGAUCUGAUGCUUUCAACGCAAGGGAGGAAAUGAAGAUGUUGAAACAUAUGAGGGAGAGCGGGACUGACCUCACCGAGCCUUUGAAGGUCACCAAGGCUACAUGGAUGGCUGACGGCACCCACUGGCCUGGGACUUGGGCAGUUCCUUCCAGUGAACACGCCAAAGGUGACCAUUCUGGUAUUCUUCAGGUAAUGUUGAAGCCUCCUAGCAGUGACCCCCUCUUGGGAAGUGCAGAUGAUGAUAAGAUCAUAGACUUCACGGAUGUGGAUAUUCGCCUACCUUUAUUUGUGUAUAUGUCACGUGAGAAACGACCAGGCUAUGAUCAUAACAAAAAAGCUGGUGCCAUGAAUGCUCUGGUGCGAGCUUCAGCUAUUUUGUCAAAUGGUCCUUUCAUGCUCAACCUUGAUUGUGAUCACUACAUCAAUAACUGCAAAGCCAUUCGCGAAGGGAUGUGCUUUAUGAUGGACAAAGGUGGUGAAAACAUCUGCUACAUUCAGUUUCCACAGAGAUUUGAAGGCAUUGAUCCUUCUGACCGAUAUGCUAACCAUAAUACUGUAUUCUUUGAUGGGAACAUGCGUGCCCUUGACGGUGUGCAGGGUCCUGUGUAUGUGGGAACGGGAACCAUGUUUAGGCGAUUUGCAUUGUAUGGAUUUGACCCACCAAAUCCUAACAUUACGCCUCAAAAUCACUCCACUGAGAUGCAUGCCUUGAGUCCCACAGACUUCGACUCCACUCUUGAUGUGAAUCUGCUUCCCAAACGAUUUGGAAAUUCUACAAUGCUGGCUGAAUCUAUUCCCAUUGCUGAGUUUCAAGGCCGACCUCUUGCUGAUCAUCCUUCUGUCUCCUAUGGACGUCCUCCUGGUGCUCUUAGAAUCCCCAGGGAGCCCCUUGAUGCUACUACAGUUGCAGAAGCAGUCUCUGUCAUUUCUUGUUGGUAUGAGGAUAAGACAGAAUGGGGUGACCGAGUGGGUUGGAUUUAUGGUUCUGUCACAGAAGAUGUGGUGACAGGCUACCGUAUGCACAACCGUGGAUGGCACUCCGUGUAUUGUAUUACCAAGCGUGAUGCAUUUCGUGGUUCAGCACCAAUCAAUCUUACUGAUCGACUCCAUCAGGUGCUGCGGUGGGCAACAGGCUCAGUUGAGAUUUUCUUCUCCAGAAACAAUGCGUUUCUUGCCUCUAGAAAACUCAAGUUCCUGCAGCGCCUGGCUUACCUGAAUGUCGGCAUCUAUCCAUUCACUUCAGUGUUCCUCAUUGUGUAUACCUUCCUCCCUGCACUUUCGCUGCUUUCAGGACACUUCAUCGUGAAAACUCUAAAUAUUGCGUUCUUAGUGUAUCUGCUAAUCAUAACUUUCUGUCUGAUCGGAGCAGCCCUUCUUGAGGUAAGGUGGGCUGGUAUAGGAUUGGAAGAGUGGUGGAGAAAUGAGCAGUUCUGGCUCAUCUCAGGAACCAGCGCUCACUUGGCUGCAGUUGUCCAAGGUCUUCUUAAAGUGAUGGCAGGGAUUGAAAUUUCUUUCACACUAACUUCCAAAGCUGCCUCAGAAGAUGACGAGGACGUAUAUGCAGAACUGUAUCUAGUAAAGUGGACUUCCCUAAUGAUUCCACCAAUUGUUAUAGCCAUGAUAAAUAUAAUUGCCAUUGUGAUAGCUUUCUUAAGGCAAAUAUAUAGCACGGUACCACAGUGGAGUAAGUUCAUUGGUGGAGCUUUCUUUAGCUUCUGGGUGUUGGCUCAUUUAUACCCAUUUGCCAAGGGCUUGAUGGGCAGAAGAAGGAAGACACCAACAAUAGUAUUUGUCUGGUCAGGUCUCAUUGCUAUUACACUUUCCUUGCUCUGGAUUUCCAUUAGUCCACCUGGAAGCAGUCCGGCAGCUACAAUUGGCGGUGGCGGUUUCCAAUUCCCAUAAACUGGGACCAAAUACUGUUUAACUAUUUGUCUACUUGAUUGCUACACAAUAGUCAGAGGUGGAGAUUCUACAAAUUCUACAAGAUUCUUAUGCCUAAAAAUGAUGAAGAAGAUUUUGCAUUUGCCUAGUCCUUACAGUAUUCCUUUAUCUAAUCUAAUGGCCGUAGGUUAAAUGAUAGGGUAUAUACAAAGGUUUUGUUCUGUAAUUUGUGUGCAUGAAUCUGUGAACUCACCGGCAAAAGAGAAUGAUCAUGAACAGUCUGUACACGUAAACUAUUUUUUAAUGUCUUAGUAAUGUGCUAUGUGCUUCAAA